AGAGCGCUCAAAUUGUCGAACACAAAACAGUAUGGCGCCAGCAACAUCCGAUUUGGCCACGCAGAGAAUACGGUACUGCACAGCUCUACACGAGCGACUGCCGACUCCGAUGUGGGAACUAUCCGGUACUUGUCAUUUCAUGAUAACAAGUAUCUCCGUGUAUUUGCGGGACACACUGCCAGUGUCACGUCACUGGAGGUAGCGCCAAACAACGACCUCUUUAUAUCCGCAUCCAACGAUGGAACCGUGCGUGUGUGGGAUAUGAGAACUCCGGAUUGCGUGGGUAUGCUCGAGGUUCCUUCCGGUGCCGCCCCGGUAGUGGCUUACGAUCCCACAGGAGUAUGCUUCGCGGUGGCCAUAUACCCCGGGCUGGUGAAGAUGUAUAUAUCAAAAUACGCUGACAUAGCGCAUAAGAUUCCCUUCUUCAACUGCAAUGUGGAAGAGCACUUGGAGGGAGCACAUAUCAUUGGGAUGGAGUUCAGCAUUGACGGCCGCUUGGUCUUGCUCACAACUUCUCGGUCGAAGAUUGUCAUUAUCGACGCGUUCACUGGUGACUACAAAGCAUCGCUGAACGGAUUCAAAAACGAAAUUUCACAGACCACUGCGAGUUUCAGUCCUGAUGUGAGAUACGUUUGUUGUGGUUCGGAUGAGGGCUUCAUACAUAUAUGGGAUUGGCAGACGAACACGCUGGUAGUGUCUUUAGAAGGACACGAGAGCAUAUGUCGAACCGCCAAAUUCAACCCCAAAAGAUUACAGCUGGCUUCUGCCGGCGAGCACCUAACGCUAUGGCUCGCAUCAGAUACUUUGAGGGAGUAUCCGAGUAAAUCCGCCGCUUAAUUUAGCAACCCUUCACUGAAUGUUUUCCAUUCUGAGAUGUAUUCUUCAGCUACUGGAUUGGAGAUCGAGCUGUUUCAAAUAGAGAUUGAAAAAGAAAAUGAAAUCCGCUUGGAGUUUACCUUGGACUUGGCAUAAAACUAAAACGUAUACUAUGCCAUCGAACUAUCUGAGCAAGCGACUGACAGAGUACGCUUCUGUUCGUAACGCUUGCCAUUCAAUUCUAUUGUGAGUUGAAUAUGCCAAGACAUGCCAGAUACAUGUCUAUGGUGUCGUUCCCCAUUUGUCAAUGUAAAAAAUCGGCAGCAAAGGAACACCGGUAGAUCGUACUUUGAACGAGGCCGGCUGGAAGGGAAUAGUAUCCACUUGUCCAUCUACCAACACGUCGUGAUAUAUCAGCAUCAACUCAUUAGACAUCAAGACCGAUUCUUCUCUGAAAUGAGUGUGUCAUGUGAACGAGGGAUUCAAUAAUAAAUAAAGCGUGUGCGUCA